AUGGAGUCUUAUCUCCGCAGCUGGCGGCAGGAUGCCUUGAACAAAGGCCAGCAUGACGCAGCUAUCUAUAUAGGCGACAAAGUUCUUGCCCUUACAAAUAGUGACAACGAUGCCUUCUGGCUUGCGCAGGUGCAUUUCUCAAACGACAAUUAUACUCGAGCACUGGCGUUAUUAUCGAAGAAGGAUUUGAUUGCCCGAAGUUCCUCAUGUAGAUAUCUGGCAGCUCAUUGCUAUAUCAAGCAAAACAAAUUUGACCAAGCCCUCACCAUUCUUGGUGACAAUAACCCUACCCAUCUGAUAACCAGCUCCAGCAAUACUCGGCGGAAAUUACAACAUCUGAACGGGAACUCCAAUGUUACUUUGCGAAAUGGCAAAAGCGCUUCUUCUCGAGCCGAUCGCAUUGACAGAAGUGAAGAGAGAGAACGGGAGAAUGCCAAAAAUAUCAAGUUUGAGGCUGCCAUGUGCUAUCUACGCGGAUUGUGCUUUGCGAGACAAAACGCUUUCGAUCGAGCCAGGGACUGCUAUAAAGAUGCUGUGCGGAUUGAUGUGCAAUGCUUUGAAGCAUUCGAUCAGCUUAUGAAAAAUUCCCUUAUGUCUCCAGCGGAGGAACUCGAAUUCUUAGAAUCCAUUGAUUUCGACUCCAUUACUUAUUCUACCGACCCGUCAGUAGCACAAGAAGCCGCUGAAUUUACGAAACUCCUUUAUACCACUCGCCUAUCGAAAUACUCAUCCCCGUCUGCUCUUUCUUACGCUACAGAAACACUAUCCACACAUUAUAAUCUUGCCGAUAAUCCCGAUCUUCUACUCUCGCGUGCAGAAACCCUCUAUACCCAAUGUCGAUUCCCUGAGGCAUUGUCUCUUACAUCCUCUAUUCUCUCGUCAUCUGAGGAUUCUGUCCCUUUGCUCGUCUCUCAAGGGAGUCAAGGCCAUAACCUUGGUCAUUCCCCUGCCGUUUACCCCCUCCAUCUAGCCUGUUUAUAUGAAACGGGUGCCACUAACGCUCUAUUUCUGCUUGCUCAUUCUCUGGCUGACAACGUUCCAGAGGAAUCAUAUACAUAUCUUGCUAUUGGUAUAUACUAUAUGUCUGUUUGUAAAAUAUCUGAAGCUCGGCGCUUUUUCUCCAAGGCCUCCCUUCUGGACCCUCAUUCAGCCCCAGCCUGGAUCGGGUUUGCCCACACAUUCGCGGCAGAGGGGGAACAUGACCAAGCAAUUGCAGCAUACAGCACCGCUGCGAGGUUAUUCCAAGGAAGUCAUCUUCCACAACUAUUUUUAGGAAUGCAACACCUUGCUCUCAACAAUAUGUCUCUAGCUCACGAGUAUUUGUCUGCCGCCUAUUCAAUGUCCUCUGGCUCAUUAUCUGAUACCAUUCCAUCUUCUAAUGAGUCAGUUUCUCAAUCACUUCCUCCAUCCGGUGGCGAUCCAUUGGUACUUAAUGAAUUAGGAGUCGUUUUAUACCACGAGAACAACCUUGAGGGGGCCGUCGAAUUAUUUCGCCAAGCCCUAGCCUUAGCCUCGUCAUUAAAUUGUGAGCCAGGGGCAUGGCUCGCUACGAGAGCUAAUCUAGGACAUGCUCUACGUCGUUUGGGACAUUUUGAAGAAGCACUUGCCGAGUUUGAUGAAUCCCUUCGAAUAGGAGCAGGCGGGUCUGUAACUGGAUAUUCAGCAGCAAUCGCUGGUGCAGGAGCAGGUGGCCUUGUAUCUGCUGGCUCCACAAGUGUCGGUGGCUACGAAGAUAGGGGCCUCACCGGGUCUUUACAUACGGCGCGCGGCCUGGUAUUACUUGAACUAGGACGGACUAUGCAAGCCGUCACUGCACUACAUGAGGCAGUUCGCGUCUUAGGCGCCAGUGGCAGCGAUGCUGCAGCCGGUGCUGGCGUUGCGGGAACUUUACUCUCAAGGGCACUUGAAAUAUGGGAAAUUGAACAAGAGCAUCAGGAUUACGUGCCACCACCCAGCACCCGACAGACUUCAGCUGGCGCUAGCAGUAGGGACAGGAAUCAACCCAAAGGCAAGGAGAAAUCAAGGGACAAAACAAUGACCAGAGCUAAAUCACGUGGAUUGGACAGACGGGUUCCCUCCGAGGAAGAAUGGACGAACGACCGGGGUGGCGUUGUGGAGGACCGAAGCCAAUGCGUUGAGAUGGAAUUGGAUGGUGAGGCGGAUAGUUUGCUCAACCCGGCUUUGAACCAUGCUAGAGCCAGGAAUAGAGGUAGGGAGUGGGACCGCGAAGACGCUUCAGGGGUAGCAAGGCGUGGGGUCGGCGUGACUGCCACCCAGGUGCCAGAUUCUGGUGUUGUUGCUGUUGAAUCUUCAAGAUCGCGUACGACCAGGUUUGCCGGGAGGCGUAGGAGCCAUUCUCGUCGGGGGCGCGGUGGAUGA